AUGUUGGUAGCUGCUGACCCCACCGUUCUGGCCGCAGCCUCCUCGCUCGCCUCGUCCGGGACCCUCACUCUUCGGAGGCGGCAUGUGUACCAUAACCCUCAGGAGGAAGACGAUGUGAGGGACUCUGGGACUCUGGACUACCUGCCCCUGGAGAUGAUGGAUCAGAGGACGUACGAUGAGAAGGUGGACCUCUGGUGCAUCGGGGUGCUCUGCUCCGAGCUGCUGGUGGGAAGCCCACCCUUCGAGAGCACCUCGCACAGUGAGACCUACAGGCGCAUCCUCAAGGUGGACAUGAGGUUUCCCUCCGCGAUGCCUGUGGGGGCCCAGGACCUGAUCUCCAGGCUUCUGAGGUUCCAGCCCAGUGAGCGGCUGCCCCUGAGCCAGAUCCUGGUGCACCUCUGGGUCAAGAGCAACUCCCAGAGGGUGCUGCCUCCCUGUGCUCAGGCGGCUCCCUGA